GUCGGCGGUACCGACGAAAAACGUGGACAUCAUCCUACAAGGAACGGCGCGAAUCGUGUUCGACAGCGAAAGUAUCCAAGCACAAUACCUACGCGUCUCAACGACUAAGCGGAACGAUAUAAUAUCAUCUCCGCUCCGUACGAAGAAUUAUUAUUUGACAUCCUCGUCGUCAGCCACACACGAGAAGUCAUCAUGAAAUUGACAAUCGCAGUAGUAAGCUGUAUGUUGGUCGGUCUAGUCAGCUGUCAACAGUAUCAACCCACAACUCCUAUCCCCAUCGUUCGAUAUGAAAACGAUGGAGUCAAUUUUGAUGGAUCUUAUAAAUGGGCGUACGAAACCGGCAAUGGUAUCCAAGCCCAAGAGAGUGGUUACGUGCAACCGGCUCAAGAUCCCAGCCAAUCGGCCCUGAACGUCGAAGGUGGCUACUCUUACACAGCUCCGGACGGUACACCAAUCAGCGUGAAAUACGUGGCCGGUCCCCAGGGAUUCGUUCCGGUCGGCGACCAUCUGCCCACACCACCACCAUUACCGCCAGCAAUCGCCAAGUUGCUCCAAUUCCUCGCCACUCAGCCGUCCACACCGGAACCAGCUUACAACAAAAUUAAGUAGACGUCCGACAAGGCUCAAACAUCAUUUCCCCCAACACGUAUAACGCGUGCUUAUAUGAGCAAUCGUCCAAGUAUCGAUUCGCCAUAUUGUCCGCCUAUAUUUAAGUUGCAUAACUGUUAAUCUGUAUUACUACUGUCAUUAUUUAUUUUCACUUUCAUUUAAAUUCAUUUUUUUUUUAAC